CGGGCGGCUGAGGAAGUUGCUUUGGCCGCAGCCGCGUCAUUCAUCAAACUGACAGGAAGUCUCGGCGCACUUGCUUCUCUUCUCGGCGCUCUCUUGUUGGUUGCUGUGUCAUAGCGCUGUCAGAUCUCCGCCUGUGCCACUGUGUCACGUCUGUCUGGCUGGCUUACUUCAGACUCUGCUGUGAGGACUUGUGGAGGGAGGGGAAGCCUUCUUUGUUUUUUUGUUGUUGUUGUCGUUUUUUUUUUUGCUGUUUCAUUGUUCUCUGUAAAUCUUGCUUCUGCUUUCUUGUCUCUACCCACUGGCGUUUUUUACCCUCCUCUCUCUCUCUCUCUCUCUUUCGAUACAUACAGUACAUUGUUUUUGUCUGUUGUAAGUUACUGCCCCCCUUUUCUUCUUUCUCUCUCUAUCUUUGUGCUCCCCUCCUCCCAUCUCUCCCUCUCCCUCUAUCUCUCUCUCUCUCCCUCUCUCUCUAUCUCUCUCGCUCCCCUCGCUGAGGGGCAGGUGUUGAGGGGAUGAGCGGGGCUCAGGGCAGAUGGCACUCAGUGUGUAGUUAGAGCAGUUGCUGGGAGCAGGGUGGUGUUUUUUUUUCUCUCUGAGGAGUUUUCCAGGGCCCUGCAGCCAUGGGAUGCUGUAGCGUGACUCAGAGGCACUCCGGGAUCGACGAAGUGGGCCCUGACGAGAUCGAGCUGCUGGAGAUUGACGGCACAGGGGUGUGGAACCUGGGCGAGAGCAGACAGUCUGUGCGCAACGGCACCGCCACCGGCCCGCCACCCCCGCCGGUACGCUGUCCUUCGGUCAGACAACUCACGCAGGAGGAACCAAAGUCUGUGGAAACCAGAAUAUCAUGCAAUGACGUCCAGAUACACCAUGAUAUCCAGACAGUGCUGUGGGGCUGGAGCAAGGAGGAGGUGCAUCACAGGAUAUACACGCAGCCAAUCAGAGAGUGGGAGGGACGCCCGGCGCACUCGUAUGGGGACAUCAUCUACUCGUCCCUCGUGACGCUCCACAACACACACACUAAGGCAAUGGGUGAGCGAUACCUCGUGCUCUUCUCCUUCCAUCUGCUGAUCUUAGCGCUGGACCACUCCCAUCACGAUUUCAUUUAUGAGGGCAUUCUCCCCCUCUCUGCUCUGGAGGUGCGUGUCAUGUCCCAGGAUCCCAGGGCCCCGUACAUGUUUGAGAUCAGUGGCCCCAUGGUGGACUCCAAGAUCUUUAUUUGUGCCAGUGGCACUGACAGGAAGAACUGGAUGGACAACAUUGAUGACAGGAGAUAUAAAUCCCUCAGGCAACAGCUGAGCCCCUCACACAGCGCACUGGCUUAUCUGCUGCCUUGCGAUGAGGUGUGGAAGAGAGAGGAGCUGAAGAGGUAUCUGCUCCGGGCUCCCAUCUGGCACUGGGAGGGCACUUCCAUCCAGCACAUGGGCCUGCCAGUCUUCCUGUCUCUGGUACAAGUCACCAACUCACAGAAGCAGGUACCCCAAGAGCGACUUCUUGUCCUUUUUCCACGGGACGUCCUCAUUCUCUCCGUGGACAGCCAGCGCGCCUGUGUGAGAUAUGAGGGACGGUUACCACGGAGAAGCAUCCAGGCCUCGGAGAGAUCAGCUUUACCUGGCAACCAGUUUGAGCUGUCAGGUGAGCUGAUGGAACCUCUGCAGGUGUCAUGUACCUAUCCAGAAGAUUACCAGACCUGGAUCUUUCAGUUACAGCAGCCUGACAAGGAGAUUCACACCUCACAGAUCUCCAAACAUUCUGCUCCACCACCCCUUAUUCCAAAGAAGCGCCGAAGCUGAACGAGAACACCAGACUGUGAACAACGUUGUCUCAAAGAGACUGAUUACACACACACAUACACACACACACACACACACACACACACACACGCACACGCACAAACACACACACAGUCACACUCAUACUCAUACACACCUGCAUGCUUGACAACAACAAAAGACUCUUGACCCUUUGGUCAAUAUUGUACAAAUGUUCAUCUUUGUCUCUACAUCUAGCUGAUUUCCAGUGAGGUUACCUCUUUGUUCAAUAUUGUAUUUUUUGAUACAACAGAUUACUGCUACUCUCCAUGGCAAGACACUCCAGUGCAGAGUGAAUGACCUUGUAACUACUGUAUAAUGUGAGUUCUUCUAAUUCACAAAGGCGGGUGGGGGUGGGCGGGGGGGCAGAAAGACACCUAAUAGAAGAAUCUUGCUACUGUAUAUAAAUCCACCAAGCGGGUACACGUCGCGAUGACUGAUGUGAUUAAUUACUUUAAUUAGCUCUACAUUCCUGGGCCACUGCAGUAUAGAGCAGGUUUUCUUUUUUGGGGCUUUUUCUUCACCACAGCUACUAGUCUGAAGUCUACCACCACUCUGAUUUAUCGCUGUUGGAAGGUGGCCGAAACCACUUCUGAUUCCCGCUCUAUUUGUCACAAUAAAAGUCUUUCGAUGCA